AUGGGGCAGGCCUCACUCAGGCCUGCAUCGGGCCUGCGCGUUGCCAUAGCGACGAGGCGUUGGCCGCCUACCCCUUUAAGAGCGUUCUUGGAGGCCGGAAGUGGCUCCGCGCGGCGCUCUGGUUUUCUCUUCGUCUCUGUGGUUUUCCUGCCUUUCUGCUUCCGGUGGCGGGCACCGCGAGGGGCGGCGUGGCAGGGGUCUGGGCCUGGGGUGGUCAUAGGCCGAGCUGGAGGUCAUAUUGCGGGCUGGAGGUCUUCUUGGGAAGCCAGCAUUCAUCAGGUGUUCCUGCUGACCAUGGAGUGGCUGCUGGAUCUGCACAUUCACCAAGGUGGCUGAACUGAAGAUCUGUCUGCAUUAUGGCGAGAGUGCUGCUCCUGCAGUUCUGUUUGUUUAUACCUGUGUGGUCUCUUCAGGCUAUAGAAGGUAUUUUUGCCAAAGUAGAUGGUAAAUGUGAAUAAAUUGUAGUUCUUCAA